CCCACUUGUGUUCUUAGAUUCUUAAACCCAGGAUUAAACAUCAUGGGAGAAGAAGCAAAAUCAUCAUGGGAGAAAUUGUCCCUGCCCCAGCUGUUUGUGCUGCUGCUGCUACUGAGCCGACGCCCAGAAGAUUGCAGCAGAUUCUGAGAAUGAAACUGGAAACUCCACUCAAUCCAAUCAACAGAGAUACUGCCCUUUUAAGGAUUGAAACAGAGAAAAUAAAUGCUUUGAUCUGUGCAUGGCAAGAAAAUGAGGAGGCCAAAAUCGACAACAAGACUUACAAAAGGCUCGCUGCAAUUGAAUCGUGGGAGAAUACCAAGAAAGCAGCUGUAGAAGCACAGCUCCAGGAGUAUGAGGAGCAACUGCAGAAGAAGAAGGCAGAAUAUGCUGAGAAGAUGCAGAACAAGUUAGCUGAAGUCCACAAGGAAGCAGAGGAGAAGAGGGUAGUGAUUGAAGCAACUAAAGGUGAAGAAUACGUUAAGAUUGAGGAAACUGCAAAAACAUACAGAGCCACCGGGUAUACACCAAGGAAGUUCUUCAGUUGCAUAGGAUGCUAAAGACUGAUCAAGUAUCAACGAACAUACAGAACAGAAGUCUUCUCAGGUUAUUUGUAUCUUUCCUAAUUUAUGAUUUGGUUUGUGUUCAAUAUUUUUUCUAGUUGUCAUACUUGUUUCAUGACACUAUUGUGCUGAGUGUGUGAGGGUAUGUUUUUUAUUUACAAUCCAUCAUUGCCUAAGAUCUGAAGUUGAAGUUUUUUUUCUAUAACUUGGUAUCGGAUAUGUAACAAAUAAGGUUCUUUUAU